GAUAAUAAACCUAGAGAAUCCUACAGCAGUAGCAAACUGUAAUAUUUUUGUAUCCAACUCUCUGUAUAUUAAUCUAGAUAAUAUAAUAUUAUUUCUUUAAAUUUAUCUAAUAUAAUUUGUGUAUUUAUUGUAUGAUUAUUGUAUGUUGUUAUGUUGUUUAUAAUAUUUUUGUUCAGUUAACACAGGCAAGUUAAAAACUGUCAGUUUAAGGUUUAAAUUCAUUUGUACGACUGUACGAGAAUGUUAAAUUUGUUUGUAUGGUUAUGUUUCAUGUCAGUGUUGGGAACUUCAAUAAGUUGUGACACUGAAACUGAAGACCUCGUGACUUAUGAUGGAGACGGUCCUCAAUCAAAUAGCAUAUAUUAUGACAAGUGUGCGCCGAAAGUGACUUGCAUUGAAAAUGCUAUUUACAGGACAAUAAAUGGCUCAUGUAAUAACUUAAUGAACCCGUUGUGGGGGUCAUCCGAAACUCCAUACAUCAGAGUUUCUGAAGCUGCUUAUCAUGAUGGUGAUCACGAAGUUCGGAAACAGUGUAAUGGAUCGCUGUUGCCCACACCACGAAAAGUGCAGUUGAAAUUAUUUUUGAAAAAAUCCGACGAUUCUCCAGACUCAAACAAUUAUCAUUUAAGUCAAUUUGGUCAAUGGGUCACUCAUGACAUCACUCUCCUGCCACCAGAUUCUUCAGGGCCAAAAGAAUGUUGUUCCGUCCCGAUUGAUGAGAUCAACAGUAAUAGCCCUUACCAAUGUCAAUUACCUAUUGAGUUACCAGAGGAUGACCCAGUUCAUGGUCGUCAUGAUGGAAAAACAUGUAUGGAAUUCAGACGUGCAAUGACUGCUGCUAAUAAUUUCAACUGUUCUAUAACUCCUCAAAUUCCAAUGAAUCAGGCGACAUCGUUCAUUGACGCGUCACAGUUAUACGGACACAAACUAGACAAGGCAAAUUCAAUUAGAUCUUUUAACGGUGGGAGAUUGCUAACUGACGUCAUAAAUGAAAACGAGUAUUGUCCUCUAAGGAAAAGAAAAGGAUCAUUAGUAUGUGAUGGGAGGGAUAACGUGGACGUAUGUUUCGAAGCUGGAGACCCAAGAAUAAAUCAACAUUUAGGGCUCACGUCGUAUAGUGUUGUGUUUACCCGGUUUCACAAUGUUGUGGCCGAUAAGUUACAAAAAAUAAAUAAACAAUGGCCGGAUGAAAAAGUAUUUCAAGAAGCUCGAAAGAUCCUUGGUGCAGUGAAUCAGAUAAUUGUUUAUCGGGAUUACUUGCCUAUUUUACUUGGUAAAUCAUUUACAAAACGCGUUGGUUUGGAUCUUUGCCAGAAUAGAAGGACAAAAUACAAUUCGUCGAUCAUACCACAAUUGACUAUAGCAUUCGUAGGUGGUGCUUUCCGAGUGCCACAUACAACAGUGGCUUCGUAUUACAAUUACGUAGACAAAGAUUAUGAGAUAGUGGAUUCAGUCAAACUUAACGAAUGGAUGUCGAAACCUGAUCCCUUAGUAAAGGAUUCAAAAUUUGACGAAAUAGUCAGAGGUAUGACUACAUCAGCAGGCCGUUUCCAUGCCCCGUCGUAUAACUAUUUAAUAUCAAAUUUUAUGUUCCAUAAUCAUAAAAAUGGUGAUACAGAUUUACUUUCAGUGGACAUUCAGAGAGGUCGUGAUGUCGGCUUACCGAGUUAUAUUAAGAUGAGAGAAUGGUGUGGUUUACCAGAAAUCUGUUCAUUUGAAGAAUUAUCAAGUUUUGUAUCAAAAGACGACUUAGAUAAACUGAAAGAACUGUACGUUUCCGUUAAAGACAUUGAUCUACUCGUGGGAGCAUUACUCGAACCACCAGUGGAUGGUGGAACGGUUGGUCCAACCGCACAGUGCAUCAUAGCUGAUGUAUUUCACCGUGUUCGCUUCUGCGAUCGUUUCUUUUUUGAUGUCAGAGGUCAACCGGGAAGCUAUUCUGAAGCACAAUUGGAUAAGUUGAAACAAUUCAACCUAGGUCUCAUAAUAUGUGCCACAACUAAAUUGGAUGAAGUACCAAAUAAUAUUUUUGAGCCAUCAAGAAAUGCUCAAAUGGUGAAAUGCCAAGAUUAUUUAUCAGACUUUGAUCUUAGUGCUUGGAGAGAAUCUCCAUAGUUUAACACAACUGUUCCCAAACCGUGCACCGAGAGUACUAUUCGAGGGCACCAUGACUCACAAAAAAAUAUUUACAAUUUAUUGUUAUUUUUGUUAAUUUCAAAUUGAAUCUUCUAAACAAAAUUAUUUUUUGUAUUCCGAUUAGGACUUAAUAAUAACCACGUAAAUUGCGAUACAAUAAUACUCACAAUUUCUCUUCAUCUUAUAAUCUUAUUAUUUUCUAUUAAAAUUAUUAGAUGAAGUCAUAUGGGGGAAGUGAUGUUUCCGAAUAGUACCUUUUAUGUCCUUUUAUGUCCUUUUUUGACCUAAUCAUAUCAUUCUGGCUAUAAGCGAAAAGGUGAAAACAUUACUAUCAUUUGUCAUUACAUAUUUAUGUGAAUCAGGAUUUUCAGCUUAAAAACCGCAACUGCCUCAACGCAGAACCUGAACUGUCAAAAAUAAAACCUUGCAUCGCCAAGCUUUUCCAACACAUACAUCUCAUUAGCAAUGUUAUUUUAUUUACGUUCAUAAUAUUUUUUUUGGUUUUUAAAUAUAAAAAUGUAUUCAUUAUUUUAUCUCGGUUAAAUGCUUUGUAUUCAGUUAAAUUAUAAAAACUGAUCAUCAAUAAAAACAAGUGUUUUUUAUGUA